AUGUAUUAGCAGUACUAAGGAUAAUUUUUUUAGCAUGUUAGUAUUAUUGGAGAAUAGUAGUAUGCUAUUGAGUUUAAGUCUAGAUAUGAUGAUUGCGAUUAAAAUCCUAAAGAAAAUAUUUAGUUGAAUAUUGUUCAAAGAAUCGAAGAAUCCUCUGAAUCUGGUAUUACUUUUAAUCAGAUUAGAAUAGGUGGAGAUCAAGGCCUUCUUAAAUAGGAUUGGGUUAGUAAAAUUAGUGGAAAAAAACCUUCUGUAAUAGUUUAUCUUUUAGAAAUGGUUCCAGCACAAAUGCAGGCAUUAUUUGCAAAAUUCUAAGAAACAAAAAGGAUAUUGUCAAGCAAAACUUCUAAUAACUAGCAAAAAAUGAUGACAAAAGUGAUUGUUAUCCUCUUUUCUAAAGCAGGAGUUGGCCCAGAAGUAGAUAUUGCAAAUGCUCAAAUAAAACAAGCAUUAGAAAUAGAUUCUAAAAAUAUUUUUAAUUUGCCAUUGACUCAAGAUGCUAUUUACUUAAAUAUUCGCAAAAUAAAGAAGCUUAUUGUAGAAUAUGCAAAUAACUAUUAUGAUGAAAAGUAUAAAAAAUAUAAGAAAAACAUAUCAAAGCAUAAUGAUCUUAUUGCUAAUGAAAAAAAUUUGACUCUUCACUUCAAAAUGGCUAUCAUAGACGAACAAAAUCUUAGGAUAGAUAAAGCAAAAAAGCAUUAUCAAAGUGCAUAUUCAGAAUGUGAGAGCUUGAUGACUUCCUAUCGUAUGCAUGCAAAUAAGACAAUUAUUCCAAACAAUUAAGAAAGCAUAGAUUCUAACUAUGAAAUGAUUAUGAAACUUGAAGAACUUAGAUAUAUAGCAGAUGCCAUUAAAAUCAGAUAGCUUAUUAUUCUCAUUCAAGAAAAGCAACAUCAAGAAGCAAUUUAGCUAUUUAUCAUCCACUAUAAGAAGUUUAAGGAGAGUGUUGAUUAUUUUGAUACUAUUUUCUAAUUUGAAGAAUAUAAGUGGAGAACUGAAUUAUUCAAAGUCUUUAUUACAGAGAUGUAAAAAGAAUCUUUAAACAAGAGUUCUUUUAUAGAUUAAAACCUUUUCAAUUUGAUUAUAGGAUGUGUUAUAUAUGGACAUGAAAGAUUUUUGCUAUUCUAAGGAUUUAAAAAUAUAGAAUAAAAUCAGAGUUCAGAAUUUUAAGUUAUUAAAAAGCCUCCUAUUUAUUUUGGAAGACAGAACUACAUAGUCUAAGCAAGUCAAAGAGUUAGCUAUAAUGAAUAAAAAGUACAAAUUACUAGGAUGGUCAAGAACGAAAGAUUGUUCUAAGAAAAUAAAGAAAUCGAAAUGAAUAUGCUAAGCGAAAACCUUGCUUUCUUAAAUAUGUGUGAAGAAUUGUUCCCCUCAAUGAGUGAGCGUUAAAAAUUAAUAAUCUUAUAUAGAAGGUUAUAUAACUGUGCUUUGUCUCGUGACUUUGAAUAGUUUGUUAUGAUAGCUGAAGAAAUACUUCCUAAAUUGUCAAUUUAUAAAAUGAACGAAAUUAAAAUAUACAUUUUAGAGACAUAUGAAGGCUUUUUAAACAGCAACAACUAACCAGAAAAGCUGUUAAAUGUUAGUUUAUAGCUUUUGAUAUAGAAGGAAGAAACGAUUUAAGAAAAAUAAGAGAGAGCUGUUGGCAUUCUUAAAUAAUUAGAAAAAUUACAAAAAAAUGAUGAUGUUAUGAUUUAAAUUGAAAAAGAAAACUUUGCUUUUAAAAUUGAAAUUGAGUUUUUACAAAACAGGAUAAAAGCAUUUGAAAAAAGCAAUGCAGUUUUUAAAUUUACUAAUUUUACUCCUGCACUCCAAAUAUAUAAGAAAGUUGUGAUAAAUCUUAAUGACACUACCUAAACCAUUGAAUUCGAAAUGAACUUAGAUAAAAAUAUAAACAGCUUUGAAAAAUAAAUAGAAUUUGUUGCAAAUAAUUUGAAAGUAAAAACCAUCAGCAUUGAAAGCAUCGUUUUGUCAUCUGAAAUCACUUCAUCUUCUGGAAAAAAACUUUCUUUAAAUGUAUUUGUACCUGCCACCAUUCUAAAAUAUAAAAAUUAUUCAUAGCUUCUGAUAGAAAAGCCUCAUGAACCCUCUGUUGAAAUCUCAUUCAAGAAGAAAGAUUAAAUUUUCUUAAACGAGCUUUUUAAUUUACAAAUUUGUUCUUCAUAUUUAGAUGGAACUACUGAUUACCUUGUACUUAAAAAUCCUCAAUUAUUUUUUUAUGAGUGCAUAGUUAUAAAAGAUAAAAAUUAAACAAUCACAGUUGAUCACUCUGAUAACGAAGUUUUUUAAUUGAAUGGACAACAAAAACUCCCUUUAAAAAGCUAAUAGUUGAUUCCACUUAACUUUGAAAUAGGAGAUUAAAUCAUUACUAAGCUAAUGCUGAGAGUGAAUAAGAUGCAAGAGGAUACUAAAUUCCUAGCCCUUGUAAAAUAUUCUAUAUUCAAUAAAAAGACAAAUGUAGAAGAACCAAGAUAAACUCAAAAAAUCUUAGAUAUAAAAGUUAAACAUCCAUUCUCAUUAAAUACAAAAUGGGGAGUCUCAAAUAGUCAAUAACAAAACUAAGAAACUAAAAAAAAAAAUUAAAUAUAAGAAAAAAAUGAUUUAGUUUAUCUCCCUUCUCAUUAGCUUUGCAAUUUAUAAAUAAAAUUAACUUCAUAGAUGGAAAAUAUGAUUAUCUACUCAGUGAAAGUCAACAUGAAUAAAGAAAUCAAUUAGAUCAGAUUAAUUAGAGAUUUUAAUACUUAAAAAUAAAGACUGGCUUUACAUGAAAGUCUUUCUCUCACGUAAUAUAUUUAGACAUUAAGCCACUCUCCUAAAUUUAAAUACGGAAACAUAUAAAUUUAAUAUGCUACUCAAGAUGAUCUAUAGGAUAACAAUUAACUAAAUACUUAUUAAGCUGAUUUAAGCAAUAUUAUUGUGGAAUCUAAAGGAAUUAAAGUAGAAGUAGAAUAUCCAGAAGUUGCCAAAUUAGGUGAGCUAUUUGAAAUGGUAGUUAAAAUUACCAAUAUGUACACUAAGCCUUACGAUUUAAAAAUUAUACUUAACGAAAGAGAAUCAAAGAAGUUUUUAUUAUCUGGUAAAAUAAUUAGCAGAGAAUAAGUAGAAUCUUAAAAAACAAUUAAAGUAUUCUACAAACUAAUACCCGUUGAAAUAGGAAGAUUUAGACUACCUGGAUUUUAAAUAGAAUAGAAAUAUGAAGAAACGUACUCAAUAAUAUAUGAUUCUCAUAGCUAAAAACAUAUUGUCAUUCUUCCUUAACUAUCUUGA